GAAAGAAGCUGGGACCGGGUCUUCCAGCCCUCGAUCAAUCUUAAUGAACAAAUUCAAUGCCUUGAACAAUGUGUGCCAGGGAUUUCUGUAAUAGGAAUGUAGAUUGAUCACAGUUUCCUUAUAACAAGUGUGCAGUCAUCUUCAAUUAGGGCAAGUGGGAUUAUAGCAUCGCAGUUUUCGAUUAUUGUGCCAACUGCCCUGUUCAUACGACAGAUGUUAACGAUAUACAAGCUCAGUGUGAGAACUGAAUAGUAUACUCAAUAAUAUGCAAAUGACAACAAAAUAUAGACUGGAUUUGCUGCAGCAAAAAGGCAUGAGGCUAAAAUGAGCUCCAGUAGGCAUUCAUCUGGGGGCUACUCCCCAAUCCCAACCAACAGCCAGAGAUCCCAAGGACCAAUAUCAGAACUCAAUGUAUCCAAGGUUUCACAAAUAAACGAGAGUGACAGCUUCCUCAUUGAAAGGGAUCCUGGAGUUCGCGUUGAGUUCUUCACAAAUGAAAAGUCUUUCAAAGAGAGGUUGCAGCUUUACUUCAUCAAGAACCAAAGAUCCAGUCUACGUAUCCGUAUCUUCAAUCUCGUUAUUAAGCUCCUGACAUGUGUCCUGUACAUUGUCCGUGUCCUCAUGGACAACAAACAUCUCCCACCAUACUGUGUACCCGCAGGAGAUAUGACAGGAAACACUACAGACCAGCAUGCAUGCUGGGAGGCAAUGGAUAAAGAGGAAUUCCUAGAGAACCCUGUCAUUCACUGGAAUCGUAUAUUGUGGGUGGAGAGAGGGGAAGCGUUGUUGUAUGUCCAGGUUAGCGUGGCGAUCAUCAGUCUUUCUGAGACCAUUCUUGUACAAUAUCUCAGCUACAAGGGAAAUAUCUUACAGCAGAUUAUUUCCUGGGAGUUUAUUCUGGAGUUGUGUCUAACCGUGCCCUUCAUCAUUACUUUAUUCUCAAAGCCACUGCAGGGCCUCUUCAUUCCAGUUUUUCUCAAUUGCUGGCUGGCUAAGCAGUCAAUGCAGAAUAUGUUUAAUGACCUUCACCGGGUGAUGCAGAAGUCACAGUCUGCCCUUGCUCAACAGCUGAUGGUUCUCUGUGCUACCUUAAACUGCCUUCUUUUUAUUAGUGCCUGUGGUAUACAACACAUCCAGCGUGGUGGGAACCGGCAGCUUGGCCUAUUUGAGAGCGUGUAUUUCACCGUGGUUACACUCUCAACUGUAGGGUUUGGAGAUAUUCACCCCGACAUAUGGCCCAGUCAGCUCUUUAUGCUGUGUAUGAUAACUGCUGCGCUCCUUGUCCUCCCAACACAGUUAGAGCAGCUUGCAUACACCUGGAUGGAGCGCCAGAAGCAGGGCGGGGCUUACAGUAGCCACAGGGCUCAGACAGAGAAGCACGUGGUUGUGUGUACAACAACACUGCAGGCUGACACUGUAAUGGACUUCCUCAAUGAGUUCUACUCCCAUCCAAAACUACAGGACCACUUUGUUGUGCUACUCUCCCCGUGUGAAAUGGACCCCACCAUGAAGGUCCUGCUACAGGUCCCUAUUUGGGCCCAGAGAGUUAUAUUUAUCCAGGGGUCGGCCCUUAAAGACAUUGAUCUGGCUAGGUGUCGGGUCCAGGAUGCCGAGGCAUGCUUUAUCCUCUCGUCACAAAAUGUGGAGAAUAAAGAAGCUGCAGACCAGCACACUAUCAUGAGGUCAUGGGCCAUCAAGGACUUUGGACCGGAAUGCCCGCAAUAUGUUCAGAUCUUCAGGCCUGAAAACAAGUUCCAUGUUAAAUUUGCUGAACAUGUGGUAUGUGUGGAUGAGUUUAAGUACGCUCUACUGGCCAACAACUGCCUGUGUCCAGCCACCUCAACAUUGGUGACCUUGUUACUUCACACCUCCAGGGGACAGGAAGGUCAGACCUCGUCAGAAGAAUGGCAGAGGCUGUAUGGUCGCUGUUCUGGGAACGAGAUCUACCAUGUUCGGCUCGGAGAGAGCAAGUUUUUUGGAGAAUACCUUGGGAAGAGUUUUACAUAUGCUUCAUUUCAUGCACACAGAAAGUAUGGAGUGAGCCUUGUCGGUGUUCAACAAAACUCUGGUCUUUCCACUAUCCAGCUAAACCCAGGUCCGCGUCAUAUCAUGCGCGAGUCAGAUAUCUGUUUCUACAUGAAUAUCACCAAGGAGGAGAACUCCGCCUUUAUUCUUGCCCAUCCCAACCAGGAGGAUUCAAAACCUGAUAAGAAAAUCAACAUGCAGACUGGUGCAGAGCCUGUGUCAAAGAUAGCAGGUGUCAUCGCUAGUGUGGGCACAAUGGCUCUAGAGUUGCAGCACACUCGUCUUAUGACAGCUCCAACAGAGAUAAAGCGUACAGGAAGUCGCCGCACCCAGCUGGAGCUACCUAAGGGAUUCAACCCCGCCAAUCUCCAGAAGCGGCCUAGCAUAGCACCCGUGCCCGCAUACCUGGAGGGGUCAGGUAUAACGAUCAACGUGGAGGAUGAAAACAUGUCUGAAGAUAGCUUUCCGUACGCUGAUGAGGAGGAAAAUCCAGAAUAUGUUCGAGGGUUCCCACCAAUCACGCCCUAUAUUGGCACCAGUCCAACUCUGUGUCAUCUUGUCAGAGAGAAGAGACCUCUCUGCUGUCUUCAACUUGCUCAAGUCUGUGAUCACUGUUGCUAUAACAACGCAAAGGAGUACAACUGGCCAAACCGUGCAAUCAUUGUUGCCGCUGACUACGCCAGUAAUGGCCUGUACAACUUCAUUGUUCCCCUACGCUCACAUGCCCGGCCCAGUAAUACACUCAACCCCAUUGUUCUUCUGCUGGAAAAGAGGCCUGACACAGCAUUUAUGGAGACCAUCUGCCACUUUCCAAUGGUGUACUGGAUGCUGGGCUCAAUAGAACAACUUGACGACCUGCUACGUUCAGGAAUUAACCUGGCAGACAACGUAGUGAUCGUAAACAAGGAGAGCUCUAACUCCCAGGAGGAAGAGACGUUAGCUGAUUGUAACACCAUCGUUGCCGUACAGACAAUCUUUAGGUUGUUUCCGAGUGGGAACAUCAUCACAGAGUUGACGCAGUCCUCUAACAUGCGGUUCAUGCAAUUCCGCGCAAACGACUCCUACUCGUACGAACUCUCAAAACUAGAAAAGAAAGAGAAGGAGAGAGGGUCUCACAUCUCAUACAUGUUCAGACUGCCGUUUGCUGGGGGAAAUGUAUUCAGUGCGAGUAUGUUGGACACGCUUCUCUACCAGGCCUUCGUUAAGGACUAUCUCAUCACAUUUGUCCGUCUGCUGCUCGGGAUAGACCAGGCUGUUGGGUCCGGACAUCUCUCAUGUAUGAAGAUAACAAAGGAUGACCUCUGGAUCCGUACGUACGGACGCCUGUACCAGAAACUUUGCUCAACCACAUGUGAAAUUCCUAUCGGCAUCUACCGAACACAGGUGAAGAGCUGCCGAUCACCGCCAGCAAACCAUUCGAAUUCAUCGUUCAUGUCACGAGAUCAGUCAGCGCUAAAUUUAGCAUUUAGAAAUUCCGUUAGAGGUCAUCGCUAUAGAAACCAAAAUGGGGUUUCUUUAAAUAUGAUGAGUAUGGCUGACCAGGAGAAAUCAGACAGUCAUUCAAGCACAAUGAAUCCAGAACGUCACGAGAUCAGUCAGCUGGUCAAGUGUCGCAUGAAGAGUCUACAACAACCGCUGGAAGACUAUGAUGAGAAGAAUGAGAAAGCAAACACAAUUUCUUACGUGAUCAUCAAUCCUGGCUACGAUCUACAGCUACAGCUGGGCGAUGUUGUGUACCUGAUUCGACCGAGUUCCCUCUCACCAAAACCCUCGCCACUGAUCGAUGAAAGAAAAGCACAAAUGCAGGCCAGAAAUGGGAAGAGAGAAGAACCUACAGGGGCAGAUAAUUCUGAAAUCCUGGCCUCAGACAAAAAGAUCUCUGCACAGAAAGGGAGAAUACUCAAUGAUGGAAAUAGCAGGAUACCAGUCAUAUACAUGGACGACACAGACGAAGAUGGGGAUGAAGACGUGAUGGAGAACGAUAAAACCACGAAUGAAAACACAGAGAGAAAUAAAAACAUUCCCCCGACCUUCGACCUCAUGUCUGAUGACGACACUGAGGAUAACAGUUGCCAUAGCAACCAUCUGGAACCCCCUGUUGUGGCUGUAAAGGGCACUGUUGUAUGAUAUCUUUUGUGUUUUUGUAGUUUCUAAUGAUUAAACUUUAUUUGUGUCUGUAUUAUCUUGUUUACAAGACAGUUUUACGCUACAGGUACUUUGAUAUGUAUCCCAAUAAAAGAGGAAGGAAAAUUACUUUAUUGAAAUGUUUCCUAAUUCACAGUCUAUGGUGUGUCUUGGAUUUCAAUUUUUUUUUCAUAAACUGAAAUCAGGUUAAAAAGAUACGUGGGAGUGAAUGAGGGAAGGGAAGUGCUUUGAUAAUGGUUUGAAUUUUAGAAAUGAAUUACAAUGUAUAUUUUGAUUUGUUAGUGCAUUGGCCAUGCCUUCAAGAUUUGUCAAUAAUUUCUGUUAAGCUUGGGUGCAAACUUUAAACCUAUUGUUUGGACGAUUUUAUAUAAUGUUUACAUGUUCACAGUAUCUUAAUUCACCUUAUUAUUGUAUAAGCUAUGGUUGUUUUAAACCAAACCCUGAUUGUUGAUAAUAAUUUGCUUUGCAAGAUAAAGUAACUUGAUAUUAAAAUCACCAUUGAUCUUUUUCGUACAUAUAUGCUCAAUUUCAAUACACACACAUUUUAGAAAUCAUGUUAAACAUGCAUAUUGGUAAUACUGACAUUCAUUUUGACCCUGUAUGUUUGUAUGUAUGUUUUACAUACAUGUAUACUGUGGGUGUGUCUGUCUCUUUAUUCUCAUCCCAUGUCUUGUGUCAUAUAUACUACUGCUACAUGUAUUUCGAUACACACUCUUUCGGAAGGAAUCUCGGCUUAACAUUUCAAAGAAGGUUAUGUUAUAGCCAUAUGUCUUUGGGUGUGCAAAUUGUUUUCAUGGCCAUAACUCGAAAUCAUUCAAGAUAUUUGGCCAUGCCUUCAAGAAUUGUUAUGCAAAAUGUUGACACCUACAGGUAAGUAUAAGGAAGGUGGUAACGUGCGAAAAAACAAGACUGUUAUUGCAACAGUUUGUACUAUCAGUAUGUUACACUGGUUAAAGGCAGUGCAAGAUUUUAACACCUUACCAUACCACUGACAAAAAAUAUUUCGACAGUGCACAGCUAUGCUUUUUUAUAUAUAUAUGCAUGUUUAAUUAUUGUUUUAUACAAAAAAUAUUGAAUUUUUAAUUUUAUUCGUACAAUAAUGAAAAUUUAAAAUAAUAAACGUUUUACGAUACGCCUUUCAACUGCCGUUUUAACCCGUUUGGUCGACUGAAAAUACAAGACUUGCAGAUUUUUGCUUUAAACAGUUAUUUUUAAUUUUUGAGCCACUUAUUUACAAAUAAUAAUAUUUUGUUAUAUUUAGAUAUUGAAUAUUUUCAAUCAUGAUAUAUAUCUUUUUAAAUUUUGAAUCAUUGUUCAUUGCAUAUGAAGUAUUGUGUUCAUGUGUUCUAAAUUUAACAGCAGUUCUACCAUCACCUGCACUCAUUUUUGUAAGUUUUUUUUUUCCAGAAUUUUAAUUCAUUAUUUUCAACAGUUUUCUUUGUUAAAUUUUCAUUUGUUGGUUUUUUUUAACCUGUAUACCUCUGUAUUAUAUAAUGUGUUGUGACUUUUUCCUAGUCAAUAACUUUGUGAUACACUUGUGCAAUACCAGAGGAAAAACACAUGUUUUUGUCACCUGCAUAUACAUGGUCAUUAUAUUUAUUUGGAUUUUAAUAAAUCGCGUUGUGAUGAAAUUUGAUUUUGUUUUACAAUAAAUUUGUAAUAUUU